UCGUGGGGUAUAUUCUCUUCGAUGUUAAGUAGAGAGCUCUUGGUUCGUAGCCUUGGAAGGCAGUUAGUCAGAUCGGAACAAGAAAGGUGUGCACAAUGAAUCUACCAAUAGCUCCCAGUUUGGGAAUCCAUAAAGCUUUUCUUGUAACUGUUGGGCUUUGGCCUCAUCAGUCUGGAAUCGUCAAAUAUUUGCUGCUUUUUAACACCAUCUUCUUUACUGCGUCUCAAGGUUAUUUGCAGAUUGGUGGUAUGAUCGCAGCGUGGGAAGAUAAGAAUGUAUUUUUGGAAUCAAUUCCUCCUGUCCUCGUCGAUUUUAUGUGCGCCGCAAAGAUAGUGAACUUCCUCGCUAAUUUUGAAAAAAUGCAAAAACUUCUUUUCACGCUCGAAGAAGACUGGCAGAAAUUCAAAGGACGCAAAGAAAUCGAGAUACUUGAUCGAUACGUAAUGCAAGGACGAAUGUUAACCGUAACGUAUGCCGGUUGUUUAUAUGGGUCGAUGGUACCAUUCAUGAUAAUACCAGCGGUACCAUUAUUCAUGGAUAUUUUUGUACCCGGAAAUGAAACUCGUACGAGACUAUUGAUGUUUCGGGUCGAUUUUCUUUUGGACACUGAAAAAUAUUAUUAUCCACUGCUCAUACAUUCAUACUUCGGUACCAUGGCGUACAUAACUUUGGUCGUCGCCAUUGAUACCAUUUUAAUGAUAUACGUGCUGCAUGCUUGCGGAUCUUUUGCAGUUUUAGGGUACCAACUGGAACAUUUGAUGGAUGGUGUUGACAUCGAUGUGGAUCUCUAUCCGCAUAAAAAAAAUGACACGAGUUACUACAAUAUGUCUGAAUGCAUUCUUCAACAUAAUCAUGCUUUGGAGUACUCAAAAUUCAUCGAAGAAGCAAAUUACAAAUCAUACUUUUUUCAAAUGGCCUUCACUAUGGUUUGUUUGAGUUUUACGGGAUUUCAGACGGUGAUGUACCUGGAAGAACCGCAGAUAGCAAUCAGAUACUUUGCAUUUUCAGUAACUCAACUUCUUCUUUUGCUUCUUCAAAGCUACCCUGGUCAGAUGUUGUACGAUCAUAGCAUCGAAGUAUCCAAUUAUGUCAACAAUUGCGGCUGGUAUCAAACUUCAAUACGGACACGGAAACUCGUUUGCCUCAUGACGAUGAGAAGCCGUAUACCCUGUGCAAUGACUGCAGGCAAAUUCUACAUUCUCAAUGUGGCUAAUUUUAGCGCGGUGAGAAUGAGUUAUGAAAAUAAAUAUAUACAUUUUUUUCAUUUUAGUGGUCACGCAAGAGAUCCGGAGGAUUCUAUGAUCAGUAAUGCAAAUUUGAGCAUCAUAUACCACGAUUACAUAUGUCUCGUCGGAAAAUACGUAUUUCUAUUGACGAUGACAAUGCUACGUACUCGUCCGCAUCGAGAUAUAGAAACACGGCAGAGUGCCCAAGGGAAUAACAAAUUUGCAUCGAUCGAAGGUUUUAUUCUGAAUAAAGAAGGCUUCGGCGUAUACGGUACGAUGGAUCUUUUACCGAAUCCUCAUCUCGCAAUAAACAAAAAAUUUCUCUCAGCUAUCGGAAUGUGGCCUUAUCAAACUGGUUUUAUGAAAAGCGUGCUUCUUUUCAAUUUACUUUUUUUUAUUGGUUCACAAGGUUUUUUUCAAAUUGGUGGGAUGAUAGCAGCCUGGAGGGACAAAAAUGUAUUCUUAGAGUCAAUUCCACCGGUGCUUAUUGAUGUCGUUUGUUGCGCAAAAGUCAUCAAUUUUCUGUUGAAUUUUGAAAAGAUGAAGGAACUUCUUUCGGCUCUUGCGAACGAUUGGGAAAAAUUUAAGGGCCGCGAAGAAAUAGAGGUACUAAAUAAGUAUGCAAUGAACGGCCGAAAACUCACUCUUUCAUAUGCUGGAUGCAUGUACGGAUCAAUGAUACCUUUUAUGAUAAUACCAGUCGUUCCAAACGUGAUGAACGCCUUGAGCCCUGCCAAUGCUACAGUUGCAAGACAGUUGAUGUUUCGGGUUGAUUAUCUCCUCGAUGCCGAAAAGUAUUAUUAUCUACUGCUGAUACAUUCAUACUUUGGUACGAUGGCCUACAUAACUCUGGUCAUUGCAAUUGACACGAUGUUGAUGACAUACGUGCAGCAUGCAUGUGGAUCUUUUGCGGUAUUAAACUACCAACUCGAUCACUUGAUGGAUGGUAUCGAUAUUGACGUUGAUGUGUAUCCUGAUAAGGCGAACGAUACGAGGUAUACCGGUAUGGCUGAAUGCGUCGCUCAACAUACUCAUACUCUGCAAUACGCAAAACGUAUCGAGGACGCGAUCUACAAAUUUAAUUUUAUUCAACUUGGGAUCACCAUGGUGUGCCUGAGCUUCACAGGAUUUCAGACCGUUGUGUAUGCAGAUGCCCCUGGGAUCGCAGUAAGGUACAUCGCUUUCUCGAUAACCCAACUGAUACUACUGUUUCUCCAGAGUUAUCCAGGUCAAAUAUUGUACGAUCACAGUGUUUUAGUAUCAGAUUUUGUGCACAAUUGCGAAUGGUAUCUUACAUCAAUUCGGACGCGGAAACUUUUCUAUAUGAUGACCAUGAGAAGUCGUAAACCCUGUUUCUUGACUGCAGGCAGAUUCUACGUGCUUAAUUUGGCGAACUUCAGUGCAGUUAUUCGUACAUCGAUUUCAUACUUGACAGUUUUAACUUCUGUGAGAUAGUUACCAAAAACAAGAUUAUCUCUUUGGAAAAAGCACUCGCUCGGUGAUAUUUUAUACGAACUUUUGUACAAAUAUCACAAUGUGUCGUUCUCAAAGACCUUUUUCCAAAGCUUGCCAGAAUUUGAGU